CAUGUUAAUUGUGUCAAUGUUAUCCCUAUAUUAGUUACACUGGAAAUUGGUGAUUUCAUCAGCUGCUCAUUUCAAUAUAUAUUGAGUUCAUCUUUUUUUUCUUACACUAUUUUAAAAGCUAUUUAUAAAUCUUUAAAACAGAUGAGUUACUUUGAUCAAAUUCCUCGCGAGAUUCCCCAAGAUUGACAUUUUAAUCAUAUCUUCAUGAGUAUAGAUAUAGUUUUAGAACAGUGGAUUAAAGGAAUCACAUAAACAUAACCUAAACUGUGUUCUUACCCAACAAUUUCCUGAUUCUGUUGUAUGCUCGAUCUCUUUAACCUUAAAUUUCUCAAUAUUCCUGGAGCGAUCUAUUUAUUCAGGCCUAGUUAUCCAAUGUUUACAAUUUUCCUUUCAAUUACCUUGCCAUUUGUUUUCACCAAAAUCCAUUGCUUACAAAGUGUUUGUUAAAGCUGUCCAAUCUGCUCGAAACCACCAAAUUAAUUAAACGGUUAAAAAUGGUAUAAAUGUAAAUUUAAAUACCCAUGAGAUCAAAGGCACAAAUAAUUAAUAAAUGAACUAUGAAAGUCUUAGCUUAUAACUGAUUUAAUAUUCAUGGAUCAAUAGCCAAUACAAACAUUAACGCUUUUGGUCCAUAAGAUAGCGUUCUUGAGACGCCAUCUUGCUUGAACAUGCAAAAGGUUCUUGUUUUGGGCUUUCUUAGCUGAAAUUACAGAAUUUUUACCGACUGACCUGCCCCAGUUAUCGGUCAUUGGUCAAAUUUUUACAGGGAAACAAUAGUAGUCAAAGAGUUGACCGUCAAGAUAUUUAUUGAAGAGCUACUUGUAGAGAUGUCUAGUGUCUUUGUUUAAAAAUUGAUAGCUGUUCUAUUGAAACUCAAUUGUAUUUUAUUUUAAUUUAAUGAACCAAAAUAAUAACAUAUCAGAAUCAAACUCAGCUGAUAAUAAAACCAAGUGAGAAAAGAAGGAGCAAAGGAAAGUGGAAGAGUGAGAGAAAGAGAGAUCUUGUGUCAGUUCUUCUCUGUUUAUCUUUUCAGUCUCAUCGAAUGAGACAACAAAAACAAUCUCUUUUUUUUCUUGUGAAACGAUUAAUUCUUAAAUCUUUUCUAUUUAAUUCAUUAUGAAUAAUCUGGAAGCUAGCCAUGAUAAAUUUGAUUAUGUAUAUUCUUGCGAUUUAAAUGAUGUAAAUUUUAAAAUCAAAAUAGGCACUCUGGAGGGCACACCAUCUAGACAUGACUUCAAGGCUUUAAUGGAUGAUCCUAAGCUUCGGUAUUCUGGUCUCUAUGAUGAUAAAAAAGCUGAUCUCCUCAUAUCUUGUCAUAUAUAUAGCCAUGGGAAACAGUUAUGUCCGCCUAAACAAACAUCUUAUAAACAUUUUGUUGAUCAGUGGAGUUGGAACGAGUGGCUAACUUUUCCGUUAAAAUUAAGUGACCUUCCGAAAGAUGCUAAACUUGGUAUUACUAUCUGGGAUUCUUAUGGGCCUGGAAAAUCAAUUCCUGUUGGUGGAACAUCUUUAUCAAUUUUUGGUAAACAUUCAACCUUUCGACAGGGAAUCUAUGAUCUCAGAAUUUGGCCUGGAGUAGAGGCUGACUCAGGAGAUGGCACUCCUGGUAAAUGUGAUAAAGGAAGUAAAAGUGCAAGAUUAAAUAAGCUAAAGAAACGAUAUGGCAGAGGUCAUAUACCCAAAAUUGAUUGGCUUGAUAAGAUAACAUUUGUCAAUAUAGAGAAUACAACUAAAAGAGAAAAGGAUUCCCAUCUAAUGUACUUAUCCAUUGAAUUUCCAUCCAUCCAAAUUGAUAAUACAAAUCAUACUGUGGUAUACUUUGAAACGGGUGCAGAGGAUAGCUGCCUAUUAAGCUUCGAAAGUGAUAUAAUUGUUGUACCUGAUCCAGAGCUGCUUUUGGAUAACUUGGUUGAGGAUAAACAUCACAAAUUGUAUCGAAGUGAUCGAACAGGUCUAACUGAUCGAGAUAACAAACCAAAUGCUCAAACGCGUAAUCAGCUUAACAUGAUCGUCAGUUAUCCACCAACCAAAGUUCUUACAUCAGACGAACAAGAUUUACUUUGGAAAUAUAGAUUUUACUUAAUGAAUCAAAAAAAAGCUCUAACCAAAUUUUUGAAAUGUGUUAACUGGGACUCCGAAACUGAGGCCAAACAAGCACUUGAGUUGCUAUAUUCUUGGGAGCCCAUGGACAUUGAAGAUGCACUAGAACUUCUUUCUCCUACAUUCCAACAUCCAGCUGUCCGUCAAUAUGCAGUUUCAAGGUUACAAGAAGCUCCUGAUGAGGAUCUGAUCCUCUAUCUCCUUCAGCUCGUUCAAGCUCUUAAAUAUGAGGAUUUAGACGUUAUUGAAAAUGACUGUUUCAAAACUUAUAAAAAAUCCCUGUCUGAUUUGGCCACUGAACCAGAGAAGGAAUCAAAUGUUAGCCGUAAAAUGAGUACUACCUCUGAAGUUUCCAUUACUCCAUUAGGAUGUGACAAUCUAGCUUUUGACAGCUCGGAUGCGGCUAUUUAUCCGUCAGACAAAAUGAAAGAUAUGGAUCUUGCCACCUUUCUGAUUGAAAAGGCAGCUAGUGAUGAUAUUUUAGCCAAUUUUUUUUACUGGUACCUUGUUGUUGAAUGUGAAGAUUUUUAUGGCUACUGCACAGCAGGCAGUUCAUCUGGCAAUCCACCAUGCAAAGAUCAAAAAGUUUCUAAUAUGUAUAACUUUGUGUUGAGACGAUUCUUAGAUCGACUUUAUGCAGGAGAUCGUGAGAUGCAUCGGAGAUACAACACUAUCCUCAGAGCCCAGAGCUUUGUCGAUAAGCUUGUUUGCUUGAUGAAAGCCGUCGCACGAGAGAAAGGUGAUAGAACCAAAAAAAUCGAAGUAUUACGUUCUCUUCUCAGUGAUAGUUCAAGUUACCAUAUAAAUUUCAAACAUUUUGAAGGCUUGCCUCUACCAUUGGAUCCUAAAGUAAAAAUAAUCGGAAUUCUUCCAGAAACAGCAACUCUAUUUAAAAGUGCCCUAAUGCCUAGUCAACUGACUUUUAUUACCGAAGAUUUGGGUCGAUAUAUUGCCAUAUUGAAAAUUGGUGAUGAUUUAAGGCAAGAUCAAUUGAUAUUGCACACAAUAACAUUGAUCGAUAAGCUUCUUCGACGAGAAAAUCUAGAUUUAAAGUUAACUCCAUACAAAGUAUUGGCCACGAGCUGUAAACAUGGUUUUGUUCAAUAUAUUGAAUCUUUUCCGGUAGCUGAAGUAAUUAAAAAUGCUGACAUUCAAAAGUUUUUCCGUGAAGCUGCUCCUUGUGAGAAUGCCCCUUACGGUAUUCAACCUGAUGUUAUGGACACUUAUGUUAAAUCUUGUGCUGGUUAUUGUAUAAUCACAUAUCUUCUUGGAGUUGGUGACCGUCAUUUGGAUAACUUGCUCUUAACCAAGAAAGGACAUCUUUUUCAUGUUGACUUUGGGUAUAUUUUGGGUCGUGAUCCAAAACCAUUUCCACCUCCAAUGAAAUUGAGCCGUGAAAUGGUUGAAGCGAUGGGUGGUGUUACCUCUGAUCAUUAUCAAACAUUUAGGAAACUUUGUUAUACAGCUUUUUUGCAUCUCCGUCGUCAUGCUAAUUUAAUACUCAACCUUUUUAACUUAAUGGUAGAUGCAACAAUACCUGAUAUUGCAUUAGAACCUGAUAAAACUGUUAAGAAAGUCCAGGACAAAUUCCGUCUUGAUUUAAAUGAUGAAGAAGCAGUUCAUUACAUUCAGGGAUUAAUUGAUGUCAGUGUUACCGCUGUAAUGGCCAUACUGGUUGAACAAAUUCAUAAAUUUGCUCAGUAUUGGAGAAAAUGAUGUCUUCCUAAGCAACUCAAGUGCCUUAUUUUUCAAUCUGGAUUAUUUUAUUAUAUUUGUUUACAACUCUUGUAAUGGUUUAUAUUGGACACGCGUAACUAUCAAAAGUUGUCGGAUUCAUCAUCUUUCCUUUUCGAACGUACAUUUAAAAUCUGAAAUUAUCAUAAUUAUCAACAAAUUAGCACUCUAAAGAAAAGCACGCAUAACAAACGAAAUAUGAUUUUCUUCUCGAUUUCUCCCUUUUUUUUCGUAUUCUUUCAUUAGGACCAUUUGCCGUUUUCUUGUAUACAUAGACAAUUCAUCAAAUAUUAUACACCAAAUUUAUCGUACAAAACAAAAGUAAAACUACAACUAAAUUGUAAUUGUAUUUACUUGGUAAAUUAUAUGUAAAUACUUAUAAAAAAAGAAAGCUAAUUUGUAUUUAAUGAUAAUUUUUCUUGUGUUUCCAUAAAUAUAUUUUUAGUUUCCAUUGAAAUACAUAUUCAAAAAAAA